AUGUUCCGCUUGGCGGCUGAAAUUUCACCCGGGCCUGCGAGACAGGAGAUUUGCAAAAUGACGGAGGCAAGGACAGAGUUCAUCGGAAGUAAAUGCAUCAUUUUCCAAUUGCAAAUUGAGAUUUGGAUUCACGUGAAUGACAUAGCCACGAUUUCCUCACAGCUCAUCGGCAUUCGUUUUCUCCUCAACAGCACCCUUCUCAACAGGUUCUGGCUGCGGGCUCGAAAUCCUCUUCCGCCUCCACUGCUUGCCCUUCCACUGCAAGACCGCCACCGGAAGCACACUGCACAGAAAGAUCAAGCCAGCCAUCAAACCUCCGCUCGCGGAUCCCCCCAGACUCUCCAGCAUAUCAGGAUACCAAAAUGGCCCUAUAAAAGCCCACGUGGACCGAACGCAGUUGAUGAAGGUCCCGAUACUUGCGCUGUGCUCUACAUGACAGUCCACAGCAUAUGUUGUAGACACAGUAGCAAUGAUCUGGGCGCCGACGGCUGCGAUUGCGAUGCCGAUGAUGGGCGUCACAUUCCAAUGACCUUGCUCGGACUGCUGAAAGCGGACGCCAAAGACGAUGAUGCCGACCAUGCCAAGUGCGAAGCCAAUGUACGACAGCCAGAGACGAUGCUCAGCCGGAGGUGCCCGGUAUCCCAGCCUCUUGGCUUUAUGAUUCAUCCAGAAGUCGCUCAGACGUCCGCCGAUCUGCUCGCCGAUGAUACUUCCGAUAAUGAUGCCCAAGAACUGCAGGCCGAUCUGCUGAGCAUUGAAUCCGAAUUUCGGCACAAAGAGUUGCGGGAUUUCCACUGUAAGCAGAACACUGCAGAAGCCGAAGACGAUCGAGUACGCGAUUGUCGGAAUGACGAUGGAAGGAUAUUUGAAUAAGCUCAGAGGCUGGAUGAACUCGUACAGCUUGAGUGGGUUGGGGUCCAGGCGGCCAAAGGUAAGAUACUCCUGCUUGAAUGCAGAUCCAACGUGCGUAACACCUUUGCGAACAUAUCUUGUCUCAGGCUGUAGGAAGAGAGCAAGGAUGAAUUGCGCACCGUUGAUCAUGGCCAGAACCCAGUAAAUCCAUCUGUAAUUUCCGGUUUGAGUAACGACGAAGCCCAUGAUGAAGGGACCCAAAGGAGGACCUAUUGGACAUUAGCGACUACGGACGACCGAUGAGAGGGGUAAGCUUGUGAUCUUACCAAGCGUGACAAGCAAAGUCCAAACACCCAUGAACUGCGCUCUCUGCUUCUUGAAGUACGUCUCCGUCACCACGCCACUCCCGAUACCUCCGGGAGGGCUGAUGAAGAACGAAACAAAAGCACGACACACUGCCAUAGUAGCAUAGCUAUGCGACAAAGCACAGCCGACGUUGAAAAGCAACGAUCCAAUUGCACUGAUGAGCCAAACAGGUCUCCGCCCAUAGCGAUUCGAAAUCGGUUUCCAGAACAGUGGAGCGAAGCCCAGAAUCGCAAUUUGUAACGACGUCAAGUACGAUGCCCUUGUGAUCGAGGUCUCGAACUCUUCAGCAAUGUUCUCGUAUGCUGGGAUGAUGGCCGCUGCGAUAAAGGUUGUCAUCAUGGCAUGGAAUGCAACACAGGACAGGUUUGCCAGCUUUUUCCAUUCGGGCCAGUUGUAAGGGUCUGCUGGAUCUGCUGAAGGUAUCGGAUCGAGGUCCAGUGUGCCAUGGCGACUGAGGAGAUAGUCGCGAUGUUCUUGUGGGAGGUAUGCUGCUUCUCCGAGGCUGAUAUUUGUGGCUCGAUGUCCGAUUUCGAUGUCGGAGCUUGCAGUAUCUGGCUGUAUUUGAAGCUUUUGGUCGUUGGAUGUGAGGUUUCCGGGCGCGAAGUCCUGCUCGUCGCCUGCCCGCUUCUGUUCUGUCAUCGUUGCUGGAUGCUGUAGCGAGUUCGCAAAGGCUUCCGAGGCACAGCCUUAUAAGCUGAGGAUAAGGCUCUCUUUCAGCUUCAAUUUCAACUCCCACGAGAUUUCUCAGGCAACACACGAGCUUUGGACGAAGAUUGAGCAGUCUCUUCGCUGAAAAUCGACCUGCGAAAUCCAAGAAAAGAACAGCCAAGCACUCCUUCGCUGCUGAGAACGAUUCAACGUCCAAAGAAAGCAACAGAAGUGGAACCACACGAUAUCAUUCUCGGUCAAACAGAGCAAAAAGAGAAGCAAAAAGCAAUAGUGCGUGGAAGGGGAGUAGCAGAGAGGAGUCGCAAUCGCUCGCAAAUCCCAGUCUGCUCGCCGCUGCUGCGGCGUCCCGUAUAAAUAGCCCAGCUCGAGCUCGGUUAGGAAUCACAGCGACGUCUGGCAUCGUUCUUCCCCAUAAAGACAUUGGGGCGAGACACUGAUCACUUCCCCCACAAUCUCCCACACGCUUUCUCCAGACUUGUCCAACGUACCGCGUGAAAGUCCUCCAUUGUCAAAUGCCGUUCUGCUGCUCCGGGAGAGCGUUACCACGGGUAUUGUAGAGGGACCACGCGGCAGGAUAAAGGAAGUGGAUAAGGUGGAGUCAUUGGGACGUCGACUAAGACGAGCGAAGCAGUAAGUCCAAGCAUGUCAAGCUUUUGAGUGGCCGUUCUUCCAUCUUUAGCGUGGGAAAAUCGGAGCCGAGUGACGAUCCGCUUCGGUGGAAGUGGACCACCCUGGAGCUUUCUGUUGGUGUGUCCGAGAGCAGAUCCGAGACGGCCGUAAUUUAUUGGCGCGUGGGAGCUAUUUUCUGGCAACCGACUGCUGCGUUGCGUGCGCACAACAUUUGAUCGAAAAGGACGACCUGGUGGCCAAUAUCCUACCUGAUACUUGACCACGAUCACAAGCGAACUUGAAAUGCGAAUGUGGCAAAGGCGUCAAACCCCGAUGCAAUACGCAUCAGCAUGCGCCAGCCGGAAGAAGGAACAUCCAAAAGACUGACAUGCGGAUGUUGGCCGGGUGCUGACUUGUUGUCCACUUCAGCGGCUUAUACUGCGGAUGACUUCCAUCGAAUGCAUUACGGAAGUGUUACGAAGUCGACUUCCCUCUCUUCGAAAUCCUCACUUCCAAGCCUUCCUGCACUACGAAGAAUGUCGAAUGAUACUUCAACUCUUCGUUGGGUCGCAGAAGCUGGAACUCAUAAUCGCGGAAGAGUAGCGGCAGAGUUUUGUUCAUCUCUAGUAGAGCCAAGUUCUUGCCGAUGCAUAGAUGUGCACCUCCUCCAAACUACCCAAUGAUCAGCACAAGCGCGAAGACGAGAUGUGUUUGAUGAAGACUCACCUGGAACAUGUAUCUCUCCAUCGUCUUCGCAUCACCUUCUAGCCAUCUCUCCGGGCGAAAGAGAUGCGCGUCUGCGCCGAAGAUUUCUUGGUCGCGAUGUAGGACCCAUCCGUUAAGAGCAACUUGCGUUCCUCCUGGAAGACUGUUGCCUUCGAUUUCUGCUCCUGCUGGAGGUACGAGACGAGUGAUAUUCAAGCCUACCGCAGGUCUGACACGCAUCGCUUCCUUCAGGCAGGCCUGGAAGUAUGGAAGAGCUUGAACCUCGUUCCACUGCGGCAUUCCCGACAGCUGAGCAGAUUGAGUGGCAUCGUCGAGCUCCUUCUUCAAUUUCGUGUAGAUGGCCGGAUCGCGCAGGACAUGAUAGCUGAAACUUUGCAUCGUAGAAGCCGUGGAGUCGGAUCCAGCGAAACUACAUUACCAAGGUCAGUCAAUCGAGUCCAGUUUUUACAAUUCCGACAGCCUGCACACUCACAUUGCACCAUGAGCAACAGCAAAAACAUCGCCAUCUCGAAACACGUCCGGAGCCUUAUCAUGCGCCUCAAUCAAUCUCUGCAAGAGAUCCUUCCUCUCCUUCCCUCCGCCGACUUUCCUUCUCUCUUCAAUCGCUUCCAGCGCCAUUCUCGUGAUCAAGAAUCUCUUCGGCCCCUCUCCUCCUCCAGGGACCAACUUCCAAAGCGGAUUUCUGCGAAACACCCAAUCCCACUCGGGAAUUUGCCCGACCAACCCAUCAUACCAUUGCAUAUCAUCUAUCGUCUUAAUCGCAUUUUCAACGUCGAAGCCGGCUUCCAAGAACCCAAAUCUUCGCGAGAAAGCAAUUUCACCCAGCACAUCGAAGGCGAAGUAGUGGAGCCAAUUUCCUAGAUCGCAACUCUCCCUCUUGUCCACAUCCUGGCAAAUCUUAUCCAGACGUUGAGUGAGGUCUCGCUCCACACUCUCAAUGACAUCCGCCAUAGUAUGCAUGGUCGCCAUACUAUACGGACCCGAAGCAUACCGCUUUUUCACAGCAUGCACGUCUUCGCGCGUUUCUGUGAAGAUGUCUGGGUUCUCAGGAGGAGGGAACACUGCAUAGAAUUGCGUCUUGUGGAAUCCUGACCCAGCAGCCAAAACACUUCUCGCUGCCUUGGGCGAAGAAAAGCCAAGUUCAUUGGGUGCGAUGCGUACGACAGGUCCAUAUUUCUCGUGCAGUCGAAUGUGGUCGGUUUCGGUGUGGCCGGAGUAGGUGGAAAGGACUGCGAACAUGGUUCACGAGUCAGGCACGACUCCCUGAAGCAAGAAACGGACCAGGGUAUCUCCUCAAUGGCGACGCGUACUUGUAGUAGAAGAACCUUAGCAGCAAUACCGCCGGCAGAAUCAGGAUCCAAUAAGUUCGCAGAAUUCGAUAAGCUGCGAGCACGACAGGCUCGUCAUGCCGGGCAUCUGGCAGCACAGCCAUUUUGGAUGCGAUGUCAAAUGCAAUCCGGUGGUCGGUGAGAGUCGACUACAACGAAGCGCAAACCUCUCAAUCAAGAGAAGUGGAAGUUCUCCAUCAUAAGAGAAGUCCAUGCGAGCCGCCACUGACCCCUCGCAAACACCCAGUGACCUCUCCAUUUUCUCUCCUAAUGAAUGCUUUCCCAGUAACGAACGGCAAAUGCUACUCCGCACCUCGUACGAAAGAAUAGGCUUCUGAACGUGCCAACCAUGACCUGUCAGCCGCCAAGCACGCACCCAGCCAGAGUAUCAGAAAUGGCCCAGAAGUCCAGACGAGCAGACCGGACAGUUGAUCUGUGCGUGUUGACGCAACAAAUGCGGGGCAGGCUGGAUGUGUGUGGUGGAUGCCUCGAUGCUGAGAAUUCGGCAGUUGAUUGCAAGUGCAAUCGCGAAUGGAGGACGGACGUGGGGACGCGGGGAAGUGGAGAAGCUGCGGCGUUUGUGGCGAAUGGGAUGCGAGGGAGCUCGAACCUGGCGCUGCAUCCUCUGGCCUUGCCGAGCACUAGAUGCACAUCAUGGGAAGCCUUGCGCUGGCGCUUGACCUCCCUCCUUCUCUCAAUACUGGAGCUUGGAAUAGACCUGCCUCCUUGCCUCGAGGGGAC